UCUCUCUUUCUUUACCCUUUUUUUUUUUUCCUUUUGAAAAAACACAUAUACACGAAUCACCAUCAUGAGCGAAACUUUCCUCUUUACUUCUGAAUCUGUUGGUGAAGGUCACCCUGACAAGAUCUGUGAUCAAGUGUCUGAUGCUAUUUUGGAUGCCUGUUUGGCUCAAGAUCCUUUGUCCAAGGUUGCUUGCGAAACUGCUGCCAAGACUGGUAUGAUUAUGGUAUUCGGUGAAAUCACCACCAAGGCCAACCUCGACUAUCAAAAGAUUAUCCGUAAUGCCAUCAAGCAAAUUGGUUAUGACUCUUCCGAUAAGGGUUUCGACUACAAGACUUGUAAUGUGUUGGUUGCUAUUGAACAACAAUCUCCUGAUAUCUCUCAAGGUUUGGUUCAAAAGUCUUUCAACAUUGAAGAUAUUGGUGCUGGUGAUCAAGGUAUUGUGUUUGGUUAUGCUACUGAUGAAACUCCCGAAAUGAUGCCCUUGACUGUCGUUCUUUCCCACAAAUUGAACCGUCGUAUGGCUGAUCUUCGUCGUGAUGGUACUCUCUCCUGGUUACGCCCUGAUUCCAAGACUCAAGUGACUAUUGAAUACAAGAAGGAAAAUGGUGCCAUGGUCCCCUUACGUGUUGAUACUAUUGUCAUCUCUGUUCAACAUGCUGAAGAUAUCUCCACUGAAGAUUUGCGCAAGGCUUUGAUGGAACAUGUUGUCAAGCCCGUUGUCCCUGCUCAUUUGUUGAAUGAAAACACUAUCUACCAUUUGCAACCUUCUGGCAAGUUCAUUAUUGGUGGACCUCAAGGUGAUGCUGGUUUGACUGGUCGUAAGAUUAUUGUUGAUACCUAUGGUGGUUGGGGUGCUCAUGGUGGUGGUGCUUUCUCUGGUAAGGAUUGGUCCAAGGUCGAUCGUUCCGGUGCUUAUGCUGCUCGUUGGGUCGCCAAGUCUUUGAUUAACGCCAAGUUGUGUCGUCGUGCUCUUGUUCAAUUUUCUUAUGCUAUUGGUGUGGCCGAACCUCUCUCUGUCUUUGUUGAUACCUACGGUACCUCCACUCGCUCUGAAUCCGAAAUCCUCGAAAUCAUCAAGAACAACUUUGAUUUACGUCCUGGUGUCAUCGUCAAGGAAUUGGAUCUCUUCCAACCCAUUUAUCAAAAGACUGCUGCUUAUGGUCACUUCGGUCGUGAAGAAUUCACCUGGGAUCAACCUAAGGAACUCAAGUUCUAAAUUGCUGAUUUUUUUUUAUAUUAUUAGUAUUACCUUUUUUGUUUGAUUCAUGUUUUCAACAAACUAUUUCCAUCUUUCCCUUUGUUUAUCAAUCUCAUCUCUUUCGUCAUUUAGUAUUAUUAUGAUAUCACUCUCACUUUUCUCUCUAUUUACUUCAUUUGUCAUUCUUCUUUUUUUUUUUAUAUACUUUUUUUUCUUAUAUUAUUUUGCAUCAUUGAUUUUUGUUAGAUAAUUUAAUUCCUUUCUCUUAUACAUAUUUUGUAUCUUUUUGACGUUCAACAUCGUCAGCCGACAGUGUCCCGGUUGCAGGACAAGAAUUAUCACUAUUUAUAUUUUAAUAAACAAUUUUUUUUUUUUUCAAUAUUGAA